AAUAUUACGUCAUUUCCUGUAAAGUUUUGCGGAAAAUUCAAACUGCUUACAGCCGCCAUAUGCGAGAGGAUGAAUGACACCAAGAAUUCCAUGUCCAUGAACUCUCUGAGUGAUGAAGACUCAAUCAAAGUCUUUCUUCGAGUGCGUCCUCCUGAUACCACCAAUGCUGCCCUUCCUAAAAACACAAAGAUUCUGGAAGUGGAUACAGUUAGUAAUGCUGUAACUCUGCCUGCCAAACCUGACCCUAAAAUCUUCACCUUUGACUAUGUGGCUGACGUUGACUGUGCACAGGAGGCUGUGUUUUCAACUGUUGGGAAAUCCCUUAUUGAAAGCUGUGUUUCUGGCUACAAUGCUACAAUAUUUGCAUAUGGACAGACAGGAUCUGGCAAGACAUUCACAAUGCUUGGUCCCUAUGGGGAAUGUGACAGUUUCAAACAUGAGUUGAGAGGGGUUAUACCACGCAGUUUUGAGCACCUGUUCAACCUAAUAAAUCGGGAACAGGAGAUGCAUGGAGGUCGCAAGCAGUUUCUUUGCAAAUGUUCUUUCCUUGAGAUUUACCAGGAACAGGUGUAUGACCUGCUAGACCCAGCAGCUGCCAACUUGCAGCUGCGUGAAAAUAUCAAAAAAGGUGUCUUUGUCGAGGGUCUCAUGGAGCAAGUUGUAACAACACCUAAUGAAGCAUAUCAGGCUCUGUCCAUUGGCUGGCUAAACAGACGAGUUGCUGCCACUUCCAUGAAUCGAGAGAGCUCAAGGUCUCAUGCUGUGUUCAUCAUGUUUGUUGAGUCCAUGGAAGAAAAGGGUGGUGUGAAGAACGUAAGGCAGUCCCAGCUGAAUCUGGUCGAUCUGGCUGGCUCAGAACGGCAGAAAGAUACUAACACAGUGGGCAUCAGGCUCAAGGAGGCAGGGAAAAUCAACAAAUCUUUGUCCAUACUGGGCAAUGUCAUCAUGUCCUUGGUGGACAUUGCACAUGGGCGUACACGCCAUGUUCCCUACAGGGAUUCAAAAUUGACAUUUUUGUUGCGGGAUUCCCUAGGUGGCAAUGCCAAGACCAGUAUUGUUGCUUGUGUUCACCCUGAUGCCAAGUGCUUUGGAGAAACUCUUUCUACACUCAAUUUUGCUAAAAGAGCCAAAAUGAUCAAAAACAAGGCAGUCAUCAACGAGGACACUCAAGGCAAUGUGGCCCUUCUUCAACAGGAGAUCCGAAGACUUCGUGAUAUGGUGCUGCAGCUACAGUCUGGGGGCAUUUCUCUCAAUCCAUCUGAGCCCAAUAGUCCUGAGGCAUCAGCUGAGCUGUCAGUGGUAGGACCAAGCCAAACUGUUGCAGGGCCAGAUGCUGCUGGGUGGAAGCAGAAGUUUGCUGAAGCAAUGUUGUUCAGGGAGAAGUCUGAGCAAGAAAAAGAGAUUAUUCAAACUUUGCUGAAAACCUUGGAGGAGGAAGGAAAGAAGAAAGACAAGAUGUUGCAGUCUCUUCGUCUUAUCAUCCGUUUCCGAGAGAGCAAGAUCUCAAUGCUGGAAAAAAAUGGUAGACGUCCUAGUGAGGAAAUGUCUGCUGAUCUUUGCGCAAGGUUGGAGGAGGACCUGGCAUCCCUCAAGACCCAACUGGAUCAGUUUCCACAGACAUUACACAUGCACAAUGAACUACACAACCUGCGAGCACAGUUGUCCGAUGCCCGUCUUCGUCUGGCCAGUACCACAAGUGGUCUUCUUGAUUCUAAUCGACUGGCCGUCCUGGAACAGGCACUGCAUGAACUGCAGGCAGUGAGCAAACAAGAGAGUACUAUGUGCAGUCCUUCUAGUGGCCAUGGCAGCUCAGCUCUUAAAUACAGAGAAACCAUUGAGACACUGCAGCAGGAAAAGCAGAAGCUAACAGCAGCUGUCCAAGAAGAGAGACAGGCACAUGAGAUGAGAGAGGCCAGCAUGCAGGCAGAACUGACAGCAGCAAAGAAGAUGGUGGCUGAGCUAGAGCGUGUCCUGCAGGCUAAUAAUCUGAAACAUCGCAUCGAACGAGAUGCUCUGACUGAUCUGCACACCCAGACACUUAAGGUGAUAACGACACCCAAGCGUGGCAGGCACAGCAGCUGUAGUCUAACACAUGUGGAGAAAGAUGAAGCAGGGGAGGCAGAUAUGACCAUAGACAUGGAGAAAGAAGUGGAUGAUAUUUGCAGUGAAGCCCCACCUGCCACCAUGAUUGAAGGGGCAUGCGAAGCCUUAACACAGGAGAUUAAAUUGUUGCAGGAAGCUAACAACUCACUAACAGAGCGUCUCAAUGAAUAUGAAGCAGACCUUUUGCAUAUGCGGCAACAUGUGGACCAGCUGGAAUUGACAAACCAGAGCGUCACUGAGAUACUGACCAAAGAACGUGUCAAGAAUGCAGAAAAAUGCCAGAAGCAGGAAGAGAGCUUGAAAGAACUGAGGUGUACCCUAGAAUCACUUACAAGUAACCUGAACUACUCUCAAGAGGAAACACGUGACCUUAAGAUCCUUCUGCAGUCAUCAGACCGUCAGCUGAAAGAGGAACGUGAUAAAGUCAAGUCUUCCACCUCCACCUGUGAGCAGCAAGUCAACAUCCUUCAGACUCAGGUGCUGCAGCUACAAUCGACGCUGGAGACAGUGAGCCUGCAGCUGGAUAACGAGAGCAAAGAGAAGGCUGUGUUGCAGGAGACUGUGGAGUCUCUUCGCAUGGAAAUGGCAUUUUUACAGGAGCAGAACGAGGCUUUAGAGUUAACCUUACAGAACGAAAGAGAGGCUCACAAAGCUAUGGCCCAUAGGCUGCAGGAAAUGGAGCAUCGAGUAACAAUGGAACAAGCAGAACAGAAGCAGCUUAAAGAACAAAGCCAGGAAUUUGGAAAACUUCAGGAGGAACAGGUGGCCAAAGUUCACAGUCUCAAUGACCGUCUGGAACAAGCGAUUAAAGAGCGAGAUGCCUUGGGGGCUGCUCUCAGAAGUGAGCUGGAGAAAUCUCAGGCUACAAUUGCUGAGUUGAAGAGAGACAUUUCAGACAGCUGUGAGGCCCUGCAUCAGCAGACUCUGCGCUCACAAGAACUCAGACGACAGAUGGAAGCAUUGCAGGAGGAGUGCAGCUCACAGCGUGAGAAGGCAGACAGUGCCAGCAAGGAGGUUGCAGCAAGUCAGUCAUUAUGCCAACAACUGCAACAACAGCUGCAACAGACCAAAGACACCAUCAGCAGCAAAGAGGUGGACCUAAACAAAGCACUUUUCGAUAUGGAGAUGCUUAGAGAGGACUUCGCUUACUGUACAGAACAGUUUCAGAAAACUAUGCAAGAAGCAGAGACCCUUCAGCAAGCUCUCGAAACUAGCCAGAAAGAAAAAGAUGAACUGAAGGAGCAAGUCUGCAAGCUGCAGGAUGAACUGACUGAUCGUGAUUUUCAGUUGGAGCAGAUCCAUCAAAGUCUGGAGACUUUGAAAAAUUCUCAGCAUCACAGUGCUGAGCUGACUAGCCUUCCUGUCAAAGAACCCGCUGAGAAAAGAGCAGAACUGACCUUGGUGAAGGAGCAGAACACGCAGCUGUGUACCAUGCUAGAAGAGUUGGAGAAGAGUCGACGUGAAAGGCUGGAAGAGAACCAAGCCUUAAAGGAUCACACUGCCAGCCUUGAGGCAAAGAUACAAGAGCUGGAAGCAAAGACAAAGCAGAUGACUACAGUACAGCUAUGCCAGUUGCCUAUGGAACAGAUGUACAUUGAUACGAUAAGCAAUAUAACAAAGGAGAAAGAGAGGCUGCAAGAGGAGCAAACAAGGCUGAAGCACUUGUCAGAGAGCUGCCAGGUCAGGCUGGAGAAAGUGACAGAUGAGCACAAGUUGUUGCAAGAAGAAAUCAAGAGACUGUGGCCACUGGAGGAGGACAACAGGACCCUAGGGGAGAAAGUGGCCCACUUGGAGAACAAGGUCGCUGACCUUCAGGAGAAGAAUGCCAUCUUGGCAGGACAUGCCAAUCACCAGCAAAAGCUUAGCUACGUACAGCAAAUGCAACGAGAGUAUAACCAACUGAAAAGUAUGUAUGACGAUGCAUUACGAAAACUUCAGCAAGCAGAGACACGCCCUUUCACAUUGCCCAUGAAGGACAGAACCAAUCUUCUCAACAGCCCAGCUGCCAGAGACAGUCCUGACAAAGUUCUUCACAUGCCAUAAACUCAUUACAAUUCUUAACUGCAUAUCAUCACUACAUUUGCAUUAUUGACCAAUCACAUCACAAAUCUUGUGCUGUGUUGCGCAAGACUGAUCAAACUACAUCUCAUUUCCAUCAUUUGUCGAUCAUACUUUGUUGCAGUAUUACACAAUGUUCCAGCCAUUAUAAAUUUUGUUCUGUCACUUUGUAUGAUGGCUUUUUUUUAUCUUGUUCGUAACAUUCAAACUGUCUAGGUGGCAAUGUUUCCAGUCAAAUGUUAAACACAUGGCAGGGUAGGAAUGCAGUUUACAGACCAGUGUGAAACCUAUGGCAUGUAUAGGUUACUGUAUACAAGUAGACAAGGCCCCAUUUGAUGAUGGCUUGAAACAAAGGUGUGUACAGAGAUGCCAUGGAAUGGUUGUCUGUAUCAUAAAGAUUCAAACCUAGAAUGUUACUCAGUAGUUCUUAGCGAAGUUGAAGGAAAACAUUUACCUUACUCUUGAUGUUUGAAAUGGAUUUUAAGUCAUUUGAGAAGCACUUGACAUGGCAUAAUCGAAAAUAUUUUUGUCAGACCACUGGCAAUCAUACAUGCAACACCCAAGUAAUUAAGCAAGCACUGUAAUGGUAAAAGAAAAUGCUACGGAGUGGACACAGGUAAUCUUGAAGUUAAAUAUGGAAGCAAUGCAUUUCAAGAAAUGCACAAGAAAAUAUAAUGUAACAAAAUAUGUGGAAAUAUUGUUUAGUUAUGUACAUAUGUAUAUAAUGAUUCAGCACUGUAAUUUGUGAGAAAGUUCAGAUUGUAUCAGCAAAAUUAUAUGAGUCGGAGUGAGCACUAAAAAUGGAAUUGUCUGUGUAUUUGUCAUUUACUCCAGUAUAAAAUUCCAUUUACCAAUUUUUAUGUUUCAAUAGAAGACCUGCAUGCUGUUGGUGCAAUAUCCCUUUCCAGAUGACCUCCCAUACAUAUCUCACAUCUAGAAACUGGGGACAGAACAAAAUUGUACAAAGAAUGUGACUUUUUACUAAAGUUUUGUUUAGCCUGGAACAAUGCUAGGUUACCUAAUAAAUUUUUCACACCUGGAAA